AUGCGCCACAACAAACACCACACAUGGCACAUGAUGCUGCUAUAUCACCUGAUGCAGGUGUGCAUUCUGGGUAAGAUUGUGCCCAGUCCGGACCACGCCCCCUCUGCGUGUCAGAUAUCACGUGAUUCUGUCUAUGGCGGGAACCUGGUCAACUGUUCAAGUCUAGGGCUCAAGGGACUACCAGCUGACCAGCUGCCGGACAACGUCACCACUCUAAUACUGCAAGACAACGAGAUAACAUCCCUGUCCAACAACUUCUUCUCGGUUCCACAGCUGUCCUCUCUGCAGCAUCUCAGCCUCAGAGCGUCUCGAGUGUCCACCAUUGAGAUUGAUGCACUGUCUGGUCUGCGGAGUCUGGAGACGCUUGAUCUAGAACACAAUGACCUUAGACUUUGUACGGACAAUAGGUCAUUUCCUGCCGGCAUGUUUAAUCAUGUGCCCAACCUCAGACACCUAUUUGUUGGCUUCAACACAAAAGAUCGCAGUGAAAUCCCCGGCUGCCAAGUUUACUCGGAGCACAUUGAUAUCUUCUCCUCCUUACCACGACUGACAAACCUGUCUAUCGACUCACUCAACAACACUCUCCAUUUGGGCCAAGAAUUUGCACAGUUGACUCUGCUAGAGAACAUCACUGUGGUGUGCAGCUUUGUCAUCUCCAUCACAAACAUGAGUCUCCAGGGACUCCGACAGCUACCUCUCCAGGUUUUGAGUCUGAUAAAUUUCCAGCUAGAAGUUACACUGUUUGAACUGGGUGUCUUCGAGAACCUUCCCCACUUGAAUCACUUGACGGUUGAUGACAGCCAUGUUGGUAACCACAAAAUCCUGCUGGCUCUGUAUCCACUCUCCAACAGAAAUAUGACUUCAUUGUACUUGAGAAAGACCAACGUGUUUGCCACCUACAGCAUACCCUCCGUGGCUCUUGACGACGGCAUUAUUACAGAAUUAUUGUCCAGGUCACUGAGAUCGAUUUGUUUACGCCAUUUUUCAUGGAUCGAUAGCUUCCUGUUUGCAUUCAAGCCGAACUCAGUGACCUCCGGAGCCUGGCCAGACUGUAUCACUAGCCUCGACCUCUCUCGUAACAAGUUAGAGAACAUUGGAUGGGUGCCCACCUUAUUUGAAGUUAUUCGGCUGAAAUACUUGAGCCAUAUAACCCUUUCCUCAGUAUUGACCCCGCUAGAGGAAUCAUAUUCCAGGCUUAUAGACUGUGACCUCCCCAUGACCUAUGGUGACCAUGACACCAGACUCCAACAGGAUACGCACAGUCACGCAAGCCCUGCAGUUACAAACAGUAAGGUCCAUACUUUAUCAGAGCCCAGUAGCCAAAAUGACACAUACAACUAUGCAAUAGAUAAGCGGACUCUUAAACUCAACAAUAAAGCAGUCGAUAACGUAACGCAUGAUCAGAAUCAACAAUCUGACAUGAUAUUGUCGUUCCUUGAAGAGCAAGCACAUGGCCCUCAGAGGCACCACUUCAAAAACAAUGGCAGUGAAAAAGUCGACAACAGGACACACAGCCGAAGUCAAAAUCCCCAAAGGAUGUUGUCUUUCUACGAAGAACCAGCACAAGCCAUGCAGACGUCUCAGUUCCCAUACAAUGGCAUCAUCACCUACUACUUUCCGCGUUCUUUGAGGACACUGAAGAUUAUCAACAUGAUAUUUUCACCGAUGACCAUAGGCAGGCUGCAUAUUGUCUGUGCACGUAAUGAGAACUUUGAAGAAUUGUACUGGGUCAACAAUCAACUGUUAGAAGCUAAGGGAGUUAUCUCUAACGUGGAAACAUUGAAACUUUUUGACAUUAGUGGAAGUAUUUUUGACAUAGCCGAUCAUCUGUUCGACACAUUCUACGGCCUCCAGGUGUUUGUGAUCCGUGAGGUUAAACCAGACACGUUCUUUAGAUCAAACUCUGUUCAACGUCUUCUGCGUAACCUCACCAACCUGAGAUACUUGGAUGUCUCCAAUAACAGACUAAACUCUCUCCUGUUCCCUCCAGACACCUUCUCCUCCACACCAAACAUCAGCCACGUCAUCCUCUCCCAGAACAGGUUCUCCAGCAUCCCCUUUCACCUGGAGAACACCCCCAACCUGCGGUUCCUGGAUCUGUCAGAAAACGCCAUCUUGUUUUUGACUGAGGAAGAGCGGGAGGCAUUAGACCGUCACGUGAGCAGAGUAGGAGAGUUGGUACUGAACCUGGAGGACAACGCUAUAGCCUGUGUCUGCUCGCAGAUCGACUUUAUGGGUGA